UCAUCUAAGACGUGGCGUUUCCUAAUUGGACCUUGUAGCCGGGUAUUCCCGUAAUUUCACCAUCAAAUUUCUAUGAUAUAUUGAGACGCUCCAGCUCUCUCAUCCUCGCAGUUGUGAUUAUUUCUUCUCUAUCAAAAUCUUUAAACAGCUCUCAUUCAAGAUGCAAAUCUUCGUCAAGACUCUUACUGGCAAGACCAUCACCCUUGAGGUGGAAAGCUCAGACACUAUUGAUAAUGUUAAGGCCAAGAUCCAGGACAAGGAGGGAAUCCCACCAGACCAGCAGAGGCUGAUUUUCGCCGGCAAGCAGCUUGAGGAUGGCCGCACCCUUGCUGAUUACAACAUCCAGAAGGAGUCCACCCUCCACUUGGUGCUCCGUUUGAGAGGUGGCAUGCAAAUCUUUGUUAAGACCCUUACUGGAAAGACCAUCACCUUGGAGGUGGAGAGUUCUGAUACCAUCGACAAUGUCAAGGCUAAGAUCCAGGACAAGGAAGGCAUUCCCCCAGACCAGCAAAGGUUGAUCUUUGCUGGCAAGCAGCUUGAGGAUGGCCGCACCCUUGCUGAUUACAACAUCCAGAAGGAGUCCACCCUCCACUUGGUGCUUCGUCUACGUGGUGGCAUGCAGAUCUUUGUGAAGACCCUCACUGGAAAGACCAUCACUUUGGAGGUUGAGAGCUCUGAUACCAUCGACAAUGUCAAGGCCAAGAUCCAGGACAAGGAAGGCAUUCCCCCAGACCAGCAGAGGUUGAUCUUUGCUGGCAAGCAGCUCGAGGAUGGCCGCACCCUUGCUGACUAUAACAUCCAGAAGGAGUCCACCCUCCACUUGGUGCUUCGUCUACGUGGUGGCAUGCAGAUUUUCGUGAAGACUCUAACUGGGAAGACCAUUACCUUGGAGGUGGAGAGCUCUGACACCAUUGACAAUGUCAAGGCUAAGAUCCAGGACAAGGAGGGGAUCCCACCGGACCAGCAGAGGUUGAUUUUUGCUGGAAAACAGCUCGAAGAUGGAAGGACACUUGCUGACUACAACAUCCAGAAGGAGUCAACCCUUCACUUGGUGCUUCGGCUGCGUGGAGGAAUGCAAAUCUUUGUUAAGACUUUGACUGGAAAGACCAUCACCCUGGAGGUGGAGAGCUCAGACACCAUUGACAAUGUCAAGGCUAAGAUCCAGGACAAGGAAGGAAUCCCCCCUGACCAACAAAGGUUGAUCUUUGCCGGAAAGCAGUUGGAAGAUGGACGCACCCUAGCAGACUACAAUAUCCAGAAGGAGUCCACCCUUCACCUUGUCCUCCGUCUCCGUGGUGGUUUUUAAGCUUCCGCAUGUUGUCUUGGGUCUUUUAUGCCUCGUGGGGGCUCUUGUGUGUGCUGAGUAGCCAUUUUCGAAUGGCUACUUCAAAUAAAUUACUGUACUCUUUUGAAGUUGGUGUUUGCGUCCAGUUUGGUACUGUUUGGAUUGGCUGUCAAGGACAGUUCCAUUGCAAGCUUUCGUAUUUAAGCAAAUAAAUUUUAGUCUAUUCAUA